GAGACCGACACACACACACACACACACACACACAUGUAGAAGUAAGGAAGUCUCCGCGGUGCAUUAAGGUGAAGAAGAGAUUUUAUCGUGUACCGGGUUUAUUGUCUCUGUGGUUUUAUCUGGAAAUGAAGCCACACAGCCUCAUAAGUGCCGUGCUGCUCCUGGUCUGCGUCCAGAGUGCGUUGGCUAUGUUCAUCCCUAAUGGCACACACCUGGAAGCCAUGAUGGAGAAGUACAUGGAUAAGGAGGACUCGUGGUGGGAAUCCAGGCCGAGGGGCAAAAGGGCGAUCUCGCACAGCGACAUGCAGCUCAUCCUCGACCUUCACAACAAGCUCAGGGGUCAGGUUUAUCCUCCUGCAUCCAACAUGGAGUACAUGGUGUGGGACACCGAGUUGGAGCGCAGUGCAGAGGACUGGGCUCACGAGUGUCAGUGGCGGCACGGCCCAUCUCACCUGCUCACGCAGAUCGGACAGAACCUGGGGGCGCACUGGGGCAGAGAGCGACCUCCGACCUUUCAUGUGCAGGCGUGGUAUGAUGAAGUUCAGCACUUCAGCUUCCCCUAUCCCCAGGAGUGUAACCCCUACUGUCCAUACAGGUGCUCCGGGCCUGUCUGUACACACUACACACAGUUGGUUUGGGCCACCAGCAGUAAAAUCGGCUGUGCCAUCAACGUCUGUUAUAACAUGAACGUCUGGGGGAUGAUCUGGGCCAAAGCCGUCUAUCUAGUGUGUAAUUACUCACCACCGGGGAACUGGUGGGGUCACGCGCCGUAUAAACAUGGCCGGCCGUGUUCAGCGUGUCCGCCCAGCUACGGCGGAGGCUGCAGGGACAACCUCUGCUAUAAAGAUGAUGGAAGUCAGAGAUAUUUCGGCCCCGAGCCAGAGGAGAGUAACUACAUUGAGCCAGAGCCAUCGCACAGCCAGUCAUUACCACCUGCUGAUCACUCGCACACACCAACACCAGCACCAAGGCCAGCGUCAACACCGUCACGUAACCGCGGCCUGGACAGGAACGAGAUCGUCAGUACUGAGCAAAUGUCUCAGCAGGUGGAGUGUGAUGUAAAGUUACGAGAUCGGUGUAAAGGAACCACCUGUAACAGGUAUGAAUGUCCACCUGGCUGCUUAUACAACUACGGAAAAGUGUUGGGAUCGGGAUACUAUGAAGUGCAAUCGAGUAUCUGUGGUGCCGGUUUGCACGCCGGGAUUAUAGAUGAUGACGGAGGCUGGCUGGACAUCACUAGAGUUGGGAGACGAACACGUUUCACAGAGUCCUACCAAAAUGGAGUUCAGACGUUGGCGAAAGAUCAGAGUGCUAAUGCCUUCACUGUGUCCAAGGUACCAGUAAAAGCGGUUUCCUGUGACAUGACGGUGGCUGAAUAUUGUCCUUUCAAAAAGCCCGUCACACACUGUCCAAGGUUGUAUUGUCCUCGUAAUUGCCUGUACAACAGCCACGCCCGUGUGAUCGGGACCCGAUACUAUGCAGAUACCUCCAGUAUUUGUCGUGCUGCGCUUCACGCUGGUGUGAUUCAGAAUGACUCGGGUGGAUAUCUGGACGUGAUGCCGGUGGAGAAGAGGCGGCACUAUAGCGGCUCAAACCAGAACAGCAUCACAUCAGAGAGCUUGCGGAAUCCCACAGGAGGAAAAGCGUUCAGAGUUUUCGCGGUGAUCUGAAACCUCAGUCCAAGGACACACGCCGUAACGGAGCAGAGCGUCCAACAAUAACAGCGUCCCUCACGCUGAGCUCAAACAUCUCCAAACGGACACAAAAAAGACAGUAGCGUCAGACAUACGGCUAAUCGAGCAGCAGCGGACUUCAGCUUUGUGUACAUGUUCUGUAUAAUAUCAUGAUGUAAAUGAUUCUUUAAAUGUUUCUGCAGAUUCCAGGUGGUCAUUUCUUCUUUGUCCCGUUUUCACAUUAACAUUCUGCCUUCUGCCACAUGUAUGUUAGCCACCAAGUAAAAGCGUGACUCGUGCUAGCAAACUGCCAGUGCUAGCAUGAACAAACGCAAGAUUAAUUGGUUAAUAACAGUUUGUAGUUAAUAGUGUCGCUAACACCUCAUACAAUAAGCAAUUUUUAGUCAGCAUUUAAUACAGCUGUUAGGUUAAAUACUUGUUAAUGUACUUAGCACUUAGCACCUAAUUUAGGCUAAACAUGUAUAGCGGUGACUAGUGUUACUGGAAAAAUUACAAGCUUUUUUAAAUAGCUAAGCUAAUUGACUAAAAAAAACUGUGCUGGGGUUUCUCAUUUGGAAUAUUUUAAUAAUUCUCAUGCCAUAAUUGAAAAAGUUGUGCUGCUUCUUUUAAUCGGCUAAGCGUUCAUACAGUAGCGUCUGAAAAAUAUAGCAACAACUUCUGUGAUCUUGCAAUCACUAAAUACACAAGUUUAAGUAGGUAAAUGUUACAAGAGUAGCAAGACUGCGAGAGCUUCUACGUAAUAAGCUAAUGUUAGCAAGGCGUUGUGUAUACUGUACGUCCCCGGCUAAAGCUCAUAUUUUUAAAUCAGAAAUUGCUCAUUUGACGGAAAUGCUGCUUUGCAUGGUGGAGUGAACUGUGUGGCUCGGGCAUGUUUAAAGUCACUUCUCUACAGAUGAAAUUAAAAACUCCUGAUCCAGGAGCCAAAUCGUUUAAUUCGUUAUCCUUAUAAAACCCAAUCAGGACAGGUAGACCCACAUGUUCAUGACGACGGGACAGGAAAUCAGCAUGGCCUCUUUGGACCUCUGGACUUUUGUCUUCUUUUGUUAACACAUUAUCGUUUUUUUAUUUUGUAAGGGUUGUCUAUCUGUACAUAAAGAUUUCAGUUACAUUCGGUUAGUUUGUCGUGUUAUGCUAACUGGGUUGCCAGUUUAUUAGGUAUAUCUACAUUGUCUUGAUUAUCUGCUCAGUGCUGCCCCCUUUUGAUUAAUGAACAUCGUGUAGAGAGGUGCCAACUUUAACAUUAGUGCAAAACAACAGGUCGUACGCAGUCCUUUUAGAGUGUAGAUGAAACCUGACAAACCGGAAACUCAGUGUGUGUUUGUGUGUAUAUAUAUAUAUAGUACAGCAUAUACUGAAUAAGACUUAAGACAUGUUUUUUUUUUUUUUACCUUGUACGAGGUUACGACUUUAUGAUAAAGUUUUUAUUUUUGUACUUUUUCAUAUCGCUCUGCCGCAGUAGAGUUCGACCUGGCAGGCCAGGAAAUAUCGCUCAGCACUCUGAAAAUAUUCUGAUCAUUUCCCAUGAGAGGAGUGCGAGUGUAUGUGUGUGUGUGUAUGUGUGUGUGUGUGUGUGUAAAAGGAGGAUGGGGAACUGACAGUGAAAAGCUACUAUAAGUAUUUAUUAUUCAUCCGUGCUGAAUAAAGCCAUUGGCCAUGUGCAGAUAUUUCCAUCUUUAUAACACAAUAACUAAAAGACUCUGAUUCGUUAAUAGUGCAGUAUUACUCUACAUUAUAUACAAUCAUGUUUAAACAUGAAUAAAGAGUGUAAAAAGAGCAGAUACUUGAACAAAAACACAAUAUCCUGAAGAUGAAUAAAGAUUAAACUGUAUAUCUGAUGUAUGUUUAGUAGAACAUUAACUGCAUAUUACAAUAUAUUCCAUUUC